GGGGGUGUCUCACACUGCCCCUCCCCCCCAGUGGAGAGCCUGAAGGAGAUUUUCAUGGGAUGCGCCCGGGAUCGGGAUCGGGAUCCCAACCAGAACAACCCCCCCGAGGGCGAGAGCUGCCCCAGCCCCGGCGCCAGCAACGGAGACUCCGGAAGCAUCAACGGCUCCCUGGAAUUCCGGGCGGAUCCGGAGGCUGGGCAGAGGGACGGGAACGGGAACCAGGUCCCGCCCAGGGGACCCCAGGAGGAGAUCAACCAGCACCUGGUGAACCUGUACCGGCUCCUGCUGCGGCUCCAGGUGGGAUGGGGGGGACUGGGAUAG